AUGUGGGCCGCUGAACAGUUCAUUGAAAAAGGCUUAGCUGCUUACUGUACCCAUGAGGACAUGAUUGGCAAAGCACCCAAACAGCUCUGGUGCUUUCUCUACAACUCCUCUGACAUUUGCAGCUUUGCUAGCAGCAGCAUCGUGUUUUCCCAAAAAGCUCCCAGACUCUCCACGUGCCAGCUGGCCAUCAGCAUGAUCUUCUCCGCACUCCAAGCAGCAGUGCGCUGCUACCGGGCAGGGCAAGCCCAGUGGGGCGUGGUGUGGGAGGAGCAGAAAACAGCGGUCUCCACGCAGACGGGCGUCUGUGGCUUGUGUGUGUCCGUUGUCGUUAUGCCUCGCUGGCGGCGUUUGGGACGAUGGACCGGGGUCGUCGAUCGUCGUUGUGGAGCCGAAAACGUCCGCUUGAUUUCGGAGUGCGGCUCGUGGAAUCUGACCACUGGAUGUGUGACAGCUGAGGAAUAUGACAUCAUUCCUCGUUGGUCGGGCCAGCACAACAUGGGGACUAGGCUGCCCAGCAUGGGCACGCUGGUCUCACCGCCCAAAAGUGGCAACCUUGUUUUGACCGGCGACGUGCUUUUUCCUGGCAUCAACAGCGAAUGGACUAUGGAAUUUGGCUAUGCGGUGGCCGAGCGCCUGCGGCGGCUCUUCCUAGUGACCUCGCCUGGACUGGAACGCAGCCUGGAACGAGAGCUCCAAGUGCUACAGAUCCCAGGGCAUUUCGAGCCGUUGCCCGGAGGCGUGGCGGUGUCGGGCUACGACGAGACCCUUUGGCGCUGCUGUUUGCAGAGUCGACUCGCCGAGCUCGUCCUGGUCCGCGUGGGAGAGCCGUUCCACGCCCCGGACCUGCGCUCUUUGGAUGAAGGUUUGCGAAGGCUUCCAUGGCAAGACUUCCUUCAGGCCUCCAGCAAACCGAUCAUCAAGGUCUCCAGUGAAAAAUCCCGACUUUACCACACCAAGCUCUUGGCUGAGCAUGUGGCUGCAUCCAUCCCCGGAACCCAGGCGAAUGACGCAGAGUCACCUGCAGACGAGUUGCCAGAGGUCAGACUGAGGUUAAGGCACAAUGAGGCUCAGGUCAGUGUGGCAGCCUCGGGGCUUUUGCACAAGCGCGGUGCUCGCAAGGCAGUGGGUGAAGCUUCCAUGCGGGAGACCUUGGCCGCAGCUUGCGUCUUGGCGUCUCCGUUGCAGCGGCGGCUGACGCAAGCGGCGCAUCAGGGUGAGGAACUCGUGUUCUGGGAUCCCUUUUGCGGCUCGGGAGCAAUCUUGCUGGAGGCUUUGGAGGUGGUGCUUGGCCAACCAACGGGGAACCAUUCGAAGUCCUACCCCUUCAAGUCCUUUCCAUGUCAUGAUGCCGAGGACUUCGAGCGCGUGGCGCGGGAGCUCGAGCCGACGCCUCAUGGAGCCCUCGGAGCCUUGACGUUGCUCAGCAGUGACCAGUCCGAGGAGCAGAUCCAACGGGCGAGGCAAAACCUGCGGCGCUGCCUGCGGCGUUUGAACGUGCUUCGCGAGUCGCGCGAGUUCUCGGCCAAGGCUUCAGUGGAAGAGCUGUUGGAAGCUUUGCCCUGCCGUGUGCAACUUCUGCAAGGCAACUUCUCGAAGGUCUUGCAGCGGCUCCAAGGUGCCUGGUGGGCAGAAAGAGGAUGA